GGAAUGUUGGGUGCAAGGUUAGACACACAUUUUUACGAUAGUUUCUGACUCGGCACAAAUAAGAAUAUGCUGUCCGCAUCAGUACUGAGAAAUCCAAGGAUGCUCAAGCUCAGCAGAAAAUUGUUUCACAGUGAAACACAUAAACAUUACUGUGCAUAUAGUAAAAAAAUAUUGUGGAGAACUGAGAACGAACUUAUGAGAUUCUCACACAAAAGAUGCUCAAACACAAGCAAGUGGACCAGAACUUUGUGCAGCACUGCACAUCCAUGCAAUAACUUAGCAAUCAUUCCAGGAAAUACUGACCGCUACAAUGGACUUUGGGUUGACCUUAUACAACUUGAUGAAAUCAUUUCUACGGAAGAAAGGUUCGAACAAUUAUUAAAAUCAUCGCUAGAGUCUUGGCGAGCCCAGUGUAUCACAUCAGUGUGGAUCAAACUGUCGCUUUCUCAGGGCGGUUUGAUCGCCAUUGCCUCAAAGUUUGGCUUCAAGUUCCACCAUGCUGAAGGGGAUGUUGCCACUAUAACUAAGUGGAUGGAUGACUCCACUGAGAACAAGAUUCCACCUUUUGCCACCCAUCAAGUUGGAGUUUCAGGUCUUGUUGUGAAAGAGGAUACACAGGAAGUUCUUGUGGUUCAGGAUAAAAAUAGACCUUACACCUUGUGGAAAUUUCCUGGUGGCUUGUCACAACUUGGGGAGGACAUUGCUGUCACUGCAGAAAGAGAGGUGUAUGAGGAGACAGGUGUGAAAACAGAAUUCAAAUCAGUUCUGGCAUUUCGUCAGCAACAUACAAGUCCUGGGGCGUUUGGUAGAUCAGACUUGUACAUCAUAUGCAGGAUGAGGCCAUUAACCUUUGACCUGCAUCCCUGUCCACAUGAGAUCGCUGCCUGCAGGUGGAUGCCCGUGGAACAGCUGAGACAGGAGGUCCAGGCGACGUCACUGACACACAAGAUGGCGGAGCUGGUGAUGUUGGGACUCAGGGAAGGGUUCCAGCACGUAGAUAUUAGUUCUUGUCAGAUGGCUUCUAUAUACAAGGGGCUACACUUUCAUAUAUUUCACAGACCGUUAGUUUAGGCCAAGGCUAGC